CCCUACCUUGUAACUGGAUCUAAUUCUACCAUAUAAGGAAAAAAAACAUUGGUUAAAUCAUAGAAAGACUCAUAGGAUUACCUCUAGCUGCUGCCAUUCAUCUUUGAUUUUGUGUAUGUUUUGUGACGUUUGUGACGUGUUGCUCGGUCUGCUUUCCUCCAUGGAUUGGACGCCCCCCUCUCUACUCGAGGGAGUUAAUUUUAGUUCUGACGUUGGCUUGUUAAAAUGAAUCCUCUGACGUUGUUAGAGGGGCGGGGAAGGAGGAGUGCUUCAAGAACAAAUUCCAGCUUAAACUCAAACACUGGUGGAGGAAAUUGGAGGCAGACCUGGUCUCACAAGCUCGUUUGAUUCCAACGUCGGUUUGUGAUGGACGCUCUGGCUCAUCAGGAGUGCUGUCAUGUGACUUUCUCCCAGGAGUUACUCAGAACAGCAGCUUCUCUUUCUUUGCAAACUCAGACUCAUCGCCCUGCUUCGUCUGCACCUCACACUUUUUAUGGGAUGUCUGAGGGAGAAAUUUCAGUGCUGCCUUUCCCAUCUGCAUCUCCGGAUUUGUCCAAGGAAGAGCCACAAAAGCUGACCCGGCUCUACAGUCAGCAGGGAGGAUAUCACCUGAGGAUCUCACUGGAGGGAGCUGUGAACGGUGGAAGGCAGGAAAAUGAUCCAUAUGACAUCCUGAAGAUAAAGGCUGUGAGUGCAGGAGUGGUGGUCAUCAAAGGGGAAGCCUCAGGAAGAUACCUGGCCAUGAACAAGAAGGGACAUCUUUAUGGAUCACAAGCACUAACAGAUGAGUGUUACUUCUUGGAAAAGUACGAGGAGAACAACUACAACACGUACCGCUCUCAGAAAUACGGCUGGUAUGUCGCUUUGAAGAAGAAUGGUCAGCCCAAAGCAGGACCCGACACCCACCAGGGUCAGAAGGCCAUCUUUUUCUUACCCCGGUCUGCAGGCAGCAUCUGAACCACGACGGAAACAGAACCAAGCACAAACUAUGGAUUUGAUUCUAAAAAUAUACUUUUCAGUAUUGAAAUUCUGGGAAAUAAAUUACUUUAUAGGUAGUUUAAUGUAAAGCCCUAGCUGAUUCAACUUCUGUCAGUGUUUUGAGGGGCAGAAGUGUUUUGAGUUAGUGUGACAAACUUCUUUGAGCCCUGGUUUGAAAUACCACUGCAUGGAGACAGAAAUGUGCAGAUUGCAUUUGGUAAAAGCUUCUAAAAAAUGCUGAACACUCAUAAUUUGAUGAAAAGUAAACAAACUUUCAGGCUUUUUGGCACAGAUGAUAAGCGUCUCUUUAAAGUCCCACUCCAAUCAUAUUUUGAUCUAUCGUAAAAGCCUUCCCAGUGAUCUUUUAAUUAUGAUUAUGUCGUUUUAAGGUAAAAAAAAAAAAAAAAAAUGUCGUUUUCGAGGACAAUGUUUGUGCAGAGCAGCAGGAGUUGUGGGAGGAACUGGUGGUACAGAAGUAAGCUUCCCCUGAUAUCCCAUCAUCCCUUUAUUUACACUUUCUCCUGCUAGCUUACAACCCCAAGCUAACAUUAGCAGUACAACAAAAAAAUGGCAGCCAAGACGAGGAAAAUGAAGACAUUUAUGGAUGUAUUUUUCUGCAACUCAAUACAUCAGAAUGGAAUAGAGCAGGGAGACUUUGGCCCCGCCCAUUUCAGUUGCUGCAUCUCAAUAGAGAGCUUGUUCAAAUGUCAUUUUUUUCUCAGAUUAGAGUAAAGAUAUACUCAGAUUUAAUCUCUUUUUUUUUUAAUAAAUCAUGAGAAAAAGCUACAAGAACCCCCAAAACAGUUUUCAUUGGAGUGUGUCUUUAAGACAAAGAUUAUGUGCUGAAUUUAUAAUGUGUAUCAGCUUGCCCUGGUCUAGUGUGAAUCACACCUUUUCUUGUAGCUGCUCGUUUUAUGAAAAUGCAUUUUUAGUGUUAAUAAUUUCAACCUCAAAGUGUAUGCAGAUUUUUUGUAUUACAAAUGUCUAGCUUUUUUGUGUAUUGGUCUGUGCCAAUAGUAAUAUAUUACAAAUAUUUACUACAUUAGUUUAGUUUUUUGAAUACUAACAGGUGAUCUGACACUGACAGGUUUAGAUUCAAUAAUAUUAUCAGUGUUGUGUUAGUUUAAGUCAACAUAAGAAUGAUUACUGAGAGGGUUGAGUAAAUUCUUUUAAAGAGGACCAACUGUAAACCACAACACAGAUUACAUGCAAUUGUAUUCAUCAAUGUUACAUAUUAGAAUCUAUAUUUUUAUGCAUACAAUGUGAAUAAAGAAAGUGCUAACUCUUUGAUCAUGAUACAAAAAUAUUAUAAAUGUAUGAAAUGUAUUUCGCAUUUAUGUAAUGUAUGUGUAUAAUAAAUGUUUCUUUUAUUUUAA